AUGUGUGCCAACGAUAUGUGCCGGUGCCGUAGUGGUGCGACCACAAUAGCCGUGUGGCUGCAUGCUUUUAUUACCAUCGUUGCGGCUUCCGCUGCUGCGGCCGGCAGCAAUGAAGGAGCGAUAGUAGCGCAAGCUCCGGCCGAUGACUGCCAAUGGUGGCUUCAUGGCGCUGGGUAUCACAUGCAGUUCGCUGUGGAGUUUCCACUGCACUACGAAGAGGUUGAGAUCUUUUUCGAGCUUCCCAAGACCUUUUUUUUUGACGUGGACGAGGCGAAGCAGAUGUACACAAUCACCGCAACGAAUGGUGUGGACCUCACGGACAUGUAUACUUCCCUCCAUAUCAACUCAACUUUCUUUUUUGAUAUUGAGGCACCCGUCUUCCACGUGGCGUACGAAGUAAACAACGUGCGUUUUGCCUUCAUGCGGCUGCAGCCAAAGGCAACGGCUGCAGCGAAACAGAGUUCUGCAGGGAAAGGGCUACUUUUGCUUCCCAUUCAUGCCCGCUAUGAAGAAGCAGAUGUGGCGACGCCAUUUUCUCUUCAGGCGUUUUUUAAUCGAGAAUCAGUUGUGCGGCGCUGCAUCCCAUCAGUGGCUGUGCAUGAUGCCAAAACAACUGAGCGGUGCCACACGCUGCCUGCUCCGCCUGGGGAGAGGAUAGAGAGCCCAAGCGGAACUUUAACCACAAAGUUGAAUAGACCAAGCAGCUGCCAAGACGUUCCUGUUCCUCUUCUUUUGUCGCUGCCCGUGGUGUACAUCUUUUUGAUUGCCCUGCAGUGCGUCGGUGCCGCUGUUGUGGUGUUUUCCCUUCUGUGGGUGUAG